AUGAAGUCUCCACAGAACACCACGGGACUCUGUGAUCAGUGCCAGACGAUCCCUCUUUGGGAUCUGCCGCCUUUUCAACUAUCUGAUUAUACGCCCGGCCUAGAACAACUUGGGAAACCACACUAUCUCAACCUAAUCCGCAAGGAUGAUGUGCCUGCCGCAGCUAAGCCAAUAGGGUUUCAUUGGCACCAGGACCGAGGCGGCUUAUGGCAAUCUGCUGCUGGUGGAUGCCCUUUGUGCCGUCUCGUGGAUAAGCAGGCUCGUCUGGUGCUGUCAGACUUGGAUGGCGGCGACCACUUUGCGGCUGUCAUGGGGGACAAACCGCGCCGAGAUAAUAUUCUUCGGCAAGUGAAGGAGAAAUUCAAGGCUCGUUUACGUUAUGACGAGAAGGAAGAAAAUCAAGACGACGACAAUGUGGUGACGAGCAUGUCUGCGAUGAUGGCCAACGAGAGCAAUGUACCUCUGCCACGACCUAGUUUUGAUCUCUGGCUCACAAAUCGCGGCUCAUCCGGCGCCGGCCUUAUGGUCUUCUCGACCUCAAUACAGGAGCCUGGGGUUGCUACAGAAAAGCGUCUCAUUCCGAUUGCCAUCAUUGGGUUUUGCUCAGACCCCGGGGAUCCUCUUUCGGAAAUUCUGCCGGGUCGCACAAUCGAAGCAGUUCCGGGCCCCAGUGCUUUCGCUAUUGCAAACAAUUGGUUGGAGCAAUGCAAUAGUCGCCACCGACUUUGUUCUGCGACCCUCGGUCAAUUGCCUGAUCUUUUACUAGACUUGGGCGAGGCCACAACAAAUCAGAGUCAACCAACAGUCAGACUUUGCAAGCCUCCUGAUGAGGAGCCUCUGCAAUAUGUUGCGCUUAGCUAUUGUCAUGAUGAAAAGUCUGGUCAUAACGUCUGGAAAAACUUCAAACAUAGCCUCUCCAACAUGGGAAGUAAUCCCACAUGUGCACCAGGAGAACACGUGAAGUAUGAAAACCUUUGUCGGGUUUUUCAAGACGCAAUAGUUGCAACUCGGAGGCUCGGGCUGCGCUACCUGUGGAUCGACUCACUCUGCAUCCCAGGUGGUGACGAGAAAGCCUGGACCCGAGAUUCGGAAAACUUAGCCAUGGUAUACAGGAACGCUUAUCUGGUAAUCUCAGCUACGGGGGCUUCUGACCCCUCAAAAGGUCUAUUCGAGCAGCGAACCCCCAAACAUUACGAGCACUUCUCAAUGAAAGCUCGGUCAGCAGACGGAAGCUAUGCAGAAGGCAACGUUGCAGCCCUAUCGUUGCCUCUCCAAGAAGAGAUAUGUGGUCGCUGUCCUGAACUGAGGUCCGAGCCUCUCAGUCAACGUGCCUGGGCCUUCCAGGAGCGUGUUCUUGCCCGGCGAAUAUUGCAUUUCACGAGGGACCAGCUUCGUUUUGAAUGCAUUGGUGGCGAGUUCGGCAUGAUGUCAGAAGAUGGAACUUGCAGUGCCUUGCCACGCUUUUUUCACUUGCCAAACCGAUUGGAAGACGUGGCUCAGCCACUAGGCCCCGCCCAACUCAGAGAUACUGUCACAGGCCAGGUUCCACCGGCGGAAUCUACCUCAGUAAUGCAAUUGUGGAGUAUUAUGUUGCUAUGGUAUAGCAGCCUAGAUCUCGCCGACCCGUUAGAUCGACUGCCUGCCAUCGCCCAAACGGCGCGUGCCUUUCGCGAGAUGGUACAGCUGCCUGACACAGAUAGCGAUUAUCUGGCAGGAAUCUGGAGAAGUCAUCUUAUUGACGGAUUGAUGUGGGAAUGUAUGAUUGAUUUGCCGAAUAUUCAUUCCACGGAGAUUCGGGACGGCACACCCUCAUGGUCUUGGGCAUCUGUUACUGGCCCUGUCCACAACAUGUUGUGGACAUGGGGAAAUUACAACCUCAUUGGAGAGAUACUAGAAGCUUAUACUGAUGUUGCCGACCCUCGCAAGCCUUUCGGGAAGGUCACUGGCGGCUUCAUAAAGCUCCGAGCACCAACCAUAGCUGUGUCAAUGGUUGAGGCCCCUUUCCCAACUGGAAAAAUAGGCCUGCAACCAACCGUGGUUGGGUGUUCUUCUGGUCAAUUGCAGGUUAAGGGGGCAUCUUUUGACACGAUUGACGACAAUUUUGACCGCUCCGCAGAAAAGGUUCGCCAGAUGAAACUGUUCGUUGUGUUCUUGGCAAAUUCACUGGAACCUAGCCGUGGCGAGGAAGUAUACCAUGGUCUUCUCGUUACGCUCGCGAACGAUGAUGAUGAUAGCGUGCUGAAGAGAGUUGGAACGUAUAUCCUGACAUCGAAGCAGGUACUCAAAUUGGGGAUUGACCUGGAUAGUUUGGUGCAGACAAUCACGCUCGUCUGA